AUGUUUACUAGGUCCCCCAAUACUCUCACCAGGGCCUGUCUUCUGGAAUUACUCCUUUCCAUUCUACCAGGAUUCUGGGCCCAGGUACGGCUGGUGGAAACAGGUGGCAGACUGAUCCAUGAGGGCCAGUCUGUGACCCUGACCUGUACGGCAUCAGGACUCUAUUUUAAGGACUUUGCCAUGUCCUGGCAUCGGAGUUCUGUCACUGGAGGCUCAAAGGAGUUUGUGGCUAGUAUCACUGCCGGGGUAGGCAGCACCAAGGACUACAGGGAGGACAUGAAGGGUAGGAUUCUCAUUUUCAGGAAAAAUAAGGACAACACAGUCUCAUUGACCCUGCGCCAGGUACAGAAGGAGGACUCUGGCAUUUACUACUGUGCCAGCCUCACUGUUGAGCUAGCUCAAUGGGAAAAUUUUGGUCCUGGAACAGAAGUGACUGUGCUCUCACGAGAUGAGACACAGCUGAAAGAGUCAGGGGGAGGCCUGCAUCUGGCUGGAAGGACCCUGAGCCUCAAGUGCCAAGUGUCUGGCUUUCAGUUGAAUACAAGCAGACUAGGCUGGUCCCUUUGGGCCCCUGGACAUGCCCCAUUGUGGUUGAUCAGCCUUGACAACCCACUUUCAGAAACUAGAGAGGGCCACAUCAUCUCCUCUAGGGAGGACACCAGCAGCCAGAUUGUUCUCCAGAUUAAGAACCUCAGCCUUGGAGACUCUGGCAAAUAUCAUUGUGCGAGGAAGGUGGGUGAUGGAGUUGACACAGACAAGCUGGUCUUUGGUCCUGGGACAGAUGUGACAGUAGAACCAGGACCUCGGGCCCCUUUGUCACCCAGCGUGUUCCUGGUGAGGAGUCAGGAUGCUGUGGCCUGUCUGGUCAGUGACUUCUUCCCCAAGGAACUCCAUGUAUCUCUGGCCUCUCCUAGGGCCUCAGUCUCAGCCCAGGCCCUCACUGUGGCUCCCACAGCCCAUGGCACCUACAGUGCCAUCCAGAUUGGCAGGGUUGGUGAGAAUGACUCAGUAACCUGCUCAGUGCAGCACCUUGGGAAAGAGACCCUUGUGUCCUACCAGCCAGACACUGGGAUCACCCCUCAGCUGGAACCAUCAUUCCAAGACAAGGAACUCACAGCAGGGGAACCAGGACCUGAGCAAGAGAACCAGGUGUUCCUCAAACUUCUGGGCUUGAGACUACUAUUGAUAAAGACCAUGGCUAUCAACACCCUGUUCACCACCAUGACCUUGAUCUUCUGAUCUUCCUCCCAUGAAGUUAUCCCAUUAAUCCAUGUCUACUUAUCAUUCCCUCAUACUUCAAUUGCCCUGUCCUCUCCAACCCCCAUGCAUAUUCAACCUCUUUUUUUUAUCAGCCUCCUCUCUGGAUCUCCCCCCCCACCCCUGCCCCGCCCAAAGACAUAAUCUCAUUCCUAUUCCCCUACGCUUUUUCUAGUCUCCUCUCUGCCUUUGUCUCUUUUGUUCCCUUGUUUCCUCUCUUGUCUAUAAUAUCCCUUCUGUGGGUAGAAAAGGGAAAUGAAGAGAAGGAAACAAGCUGCUUCUAGAUGAGUUUGGCCUGUGACUCCCUGAUCUUUACUUCUCCAGCUGCUUGGGAAACAAAGUUCUGGGAACCACUAUUUGGACUCUGUCAUGACCAUGUGAGCCCCAGAGUGAGCCCAGUGACUGCAGUUGCAUUCAUUCCUCCCUGACAUUCAGAAUAGCCAAUUCGGGCAGCUAGGUGGCGCAGUAGAUAGAGCACUGGCCUUGGA